AUGGUAAAGCUGUUUUGCGUCAUCGUUGGUGUGAAGGGAAGUGCGUUUCCUGUCAACAUUGAUACGACUAAGAGUGUGUGUGUGGGGGACCUAAAAGACGCAAUCACGGCAAAGAAUGCGAGCGCCUUAAAGAACGUUGAUGCGGACCAACUGCGUCUUUUAUUGGCAAAGGAAACGGACGGCGAGUGGCUCUCGUCUGGCUUGAAAAUCGUGAAGAAGCAGAAGAAGGGUGAGAAAACUGCUUAUAUUGAAGCACUCACGGCGGAAGAAAAUGAGCUGCAGGCAGAUCACUUCCUUGAGGUUAUUUUUGUUAAAAAAAACUCUCCCACCGCGUGGCUACAUCCACGUACUGAUCAAGCUACUUGA